UACGUUUCAUUGGCAUUCGAUUUUGUGAAUUUAUAGUUGUUAAUAAAAAAGUAUGAACAUAGGUGGCCACUAGCAUUUGAUAAGCUUCACGGUGAAUCACUACUGAUUGUGCCACUGGGUCUCUAAUGGGAUAAACCACUGGCGCCGUGUCAGUGCGUGGUAAAAGAAAACACGGGUUGCGCGCAACCCGGAUAAGGCGAAAUCUUAGGAAAAACUAAAAGUAAAGGCCAGCUUCUCUUGUGGAUGUACGCGAUGACCAGUGGGCAUGGUGUGUAGAACUAGCAGAAGACUGGGCACGGAGAUCAAGGAAAGUUCAAGUACAAGAGUGUAUGCCAGAUGCCAGCCAUGAAGUUUUGGACGAGGGAGAAGCCACCAGAACUUGAACGGAGGAUAAAAGUGAAUGAUGCGGAAUACAAUGCUCAGUUUGAGUAUGCACAAAACCACAUUUCAACGUCAAAGUACAAUAUCUUGACCUUCGUCCCCAAGAACUUGUUUGAGCAGUUUCAACGGUUGGCCAAUGCCUAUUUUUUGGGUCUCCUUAUUCUCCAGUUGAUUCCGGCUAUAUCUUCACUCAACCCUAUUGCCACCGUUAUUCCCUUGGUCUUCGUCCUGAGCAUCUCGGCUAUAAAAGAAGCCAUUGAUGAUAUUCUGAUGCCAGUGAUCAGCUCCCUGACUCCUCUCACAACUAUCAUUCCGCUGGUGGCAGUGCUGAUGGGUACGGCGGUCAAAGAUGGGGCUGACGACUUACAACGCCAUCGCAGUGAUGCACAGGUCAAUAACCGGACAUCCUAUGUGCUUCGGAAAGGAGAAAUUGUGGAGGAACGCUGGCAUAAGGUUUCCGUGGGAGAUAUUGUCAAGCUCAAGAAUAACGAUUUUGUUGCUGCAGACCUCUUGUUGCUGUCCACUAGUGAGCCACACAGCUUGUGUUACAUUGAAACAGCUGAACUUGAUGGGGAGACAAAUCUCAAAGUACGACAAGCGCUUGACAUCACAGCUGAGAUGAAAGAUGACCAUGCAUUGAUGGGUGCAUUUGAUGCGGAAAUUAUCAGUGAACCACCCAACAACCGACUGUCCAAGUUUGAAGGCAAGAUGGUGUUGAAGGACCAGACUUACUCUCUAGACAAUGAGAAGAUUCUUUUGCGAGGGUGUAUCCUGCGCAACACAGCUUGGUGUUACGGGGUGGUUAUUUUUGCUGGCCGUGACACAAAGUUAAUGAUGAACAGUGGCAAAACCAAGUUCAAGCGCACUCAUAUUGACAGAUUCAUGAAUUUUCUUAUCAUUGGUAUUUUUUUAUUCCUGGUCACCAUGUGCCUGAUCUGCACCAUUGCUUGUGGAGUAUGGGAGGCAGUGACAGGCUAUGAUUUCCAGGCUUUCCUCCCCUGGGAGUCAUUUGUCCACCCUGCCAAAGCUCGAGGAGCCACUACAAUCGCUGUCCUUGUCUUCUUGUCCUACAUCAUCAUCCUCAAUACUGUAGUGCCUAUCUCACUCUAUGUGAGUGUUGAAAUUAUCCGUCUUGCACACAGCCUGUGGAUAAACUGGGACAUCAAGAUGUACUAUGAAAAAAAAGAUUCCCCAGCCAAAGCACGCACCACCACACUGAAUGAGGAGUUGGGUCAAGUGGAGUACAUUUUCUCAGACAAGACAGGCACUCUCACGCAGAAUAUCAUGACCUUCAACAAGUGUUCAAUAGAUGGGAAGUCUUACGGUGAUCCUCUUGACAGAGAAGGAAAUCCUUUAGAAAUCACAGAGAGGACUCCAAAAGUGGACUUUUCAGGAAAUCCGUAUGCAGAAAAAUCAUUUGAUUUUUAUGAUUUUGAGCUCUUGAAGGUGGUGAAUCAUGGUGAUCAGAAUGCUCAUGCGUUUUUUCGUCUGCUGGCACUGUGUCACACUGUUAUGCCUGAAGUUCAUGAGGAUGGAACCCUGGAAUACCAGGCUCAAUCACCAGAUGAGGGUGCCCUUGUCUCUGCUGCCAGGAACUUUGGUUUUGUAUUCAAGUCGCGGACACCCAGCACAAUUACAAUAGAAGCACUGGGAGUUGAGGAGAAGUAUGAACUGCUGUGCAUUUUGGACUUCAAUAAUGUGCGCAAGCGCAUGUCGGUUCUUGUGAGGAGAAACCAGAAGAUUACCCUCUUCUGCAAAGGGGCUGACAACAUCAUCUUUGACCGCUUGAGUCCUGCCUGUGCAGAACUAAAAGAACUCACCAGUCACCACCUCAACGACUUUGCUCAAGAUGGUCUCAGGACAUUAUGCCUCGCAUACAAAGACAUAGAUGAUUCUUUUUAUGAAAAAUGGAAAAUCAGGCAUCAUGAGGCAAGCACAUCACUGGAGAAUCGUGAUGAAAAAUUGGACACAUUGUAUGAAGAGAUAGAAACAGACAUGAUAUUAAUUGGAGCCUCUGCCAUUGAGGACAAGCUUCAGGAUGGUGUGCCAGAUGCUAUUGCCAACCUGGCACUGGCUGACAUUAAAAUCUGGGUCUUAACAGGAGACAAGCAAGAAACUGCCAUAAAUAUUGGUUAUUCCUGUCGCCUCUUGACUGAUGAUAUGGAAGAGCCCUUUAUCAUUGAUGGUGAAACACCCGAAGACGUGGACACACAACUUAAGCAUGCCUUGGAGGAGAUCCACUCAGCCACAAGCCGCAAAACGCCAGAUCAUGUUGUCAUGGGAAAUGGGCAGACAACCUAUAAUGGUGCCACAGGCCGCAUCAUAACAGAACUUGAUGAGGUUGGGGAGUUUGCUGUUGUCAUCAAUGGCCAUAGCUUGGCGUUUGCUCUGAAGCCUGAACUGGAAGCAACUUUUCUUGAUUUAGCGUGCCGCUGCAAAGCUGUAAUCUGCUGCCGUGUGACACCACUGCAAAAAGCUAUGGUGGUGGACUUAGUCAAGCGCCACAAGAAAUGUGUUACUCUGGCCAUAGGAGACGGAGCCAAUGAUGUCAGCAUGAUCAAAAUGGCACAUAUUGGCAUUGGUAUCUCGGGUCAGGAAGGAAUGCAGGCGGUGCUUGCCGCUGACUACGCCAUCUCACAGUUCCGAUACCUAGAGAGGCUGCUUCUAGUCCAUGGACGUUGGUCCUACCUACGCAUGUGCAAAUUCCUUAAAUACUUCUUCUACAAGAACUUUGCCUUCACUCUUUGUCAUUUUUGGUUUGCAUUUUUCUGUGGCUUUUCAGCACAGACAUUGUUUGAUCCUUUCUUCAUUUCAUUGUACAACGUGUUUUACACAUCACUGCCAAUCCUUGUUCUUGGGGUCUUUGACCAGGAUGUUGAUGACACAAAUAGCCUUCGCUAUCCAAAACUUUAUCUUCCGGGCAUCAAGAAUGCACUCUUCAACAAGCGAGUAUUUUUUUGGAGUGUCAUUGAGGGUAUUCUUUCUUCCCUUGUUCUCUUCUUCAUACCAUAUGGAUCAUUUUUAUAUGGCUCGUAUAAAAAUGGUGAGGACCGUGCAGAUAUACAGUCAUUUGGUACUGUAGUGGCAGCUACGCUGGUUAUUGCUGUCAACCUCAGGUGUGCUCUGGACAUGAGCUACUGGACAGGCUUCAACCAUUUUGUGGUUUGGGGUAGUAUCAUCUAUUACUUCUGCUUUCAGCUGGCCUUCUAUUCAGAUGCCAUCCACUAUGAUUAUGUAGGAACUGCCUUUGCAAUAUUUAGUUGCCCCAUUUUCUGGUUCACCAUGCUGCUGACUUGCGCAAUUCUCAUCGUGCCAAUGGUUGCAUACAGAUUCUACCAGACCUCUGUACACCCUACUCUUUCUGAUCGUGUCCGCCUGCGCCAGCGCAUGAGAAAGUCCAAAUCGAAAGGACGGGACUUACAUAUUCGCCGUUCAUCUACAUUUCGUCGGAGUCGCCGCUCCUUACGGUCGGGCUACGCUUUUGCUCACCAGGCUGGUUUUGGCGAGCUGAUCACAAGUGGCAUAAACAUGAGGGCGGAGACAUCAAGCCCAGUCAAACUGACCAAAGUCCAGCGCAUGAGCAGUGACACAUUAGAUCAGCAUCGAUUGUCUGCUGCUGUAGAAACUGUAGGGAUAUCAACACCAGUUGCCAAUAAAGGCAAGAAAGACAACAGAUCCCCUUUGUCUAAUCCCUCUAACCAGGUAAAUGAAAGGAAGAGGCACUCUCACUCCAGUGAAAAUGAACAGAGCAUUCAACCUCAGUUCAGUGCAUCGGCCAUUCCAGUGACAGCUGCAGUUGAACAGUCAGUGAACACAGACUCGGGCACUUGGACAGCGCAGCCCAAAGGUGAAAUUAUUUUUGUGGAACGAUUGUGAUUUUUCCUGCUGGUCAGCAGUUAAUGUGUAUAUUUUAAAUGUUUGUCCUUACCGGUAAGGUCUAGAGAUGAGAGACUUGCAAAGAUGUUGCACUAGGUACAUAUUUAUCUGAUGUAUUUAUGUAAAGUAUAUAUAUUUAUGCAGAAUAUUUAUAACUGUUGAUCACACGUUGUAAAUUAAAAAAUUGAUUUAGUCACUUUGAUCCAUUUUGGUUUUUAGUUGUUCUAGGCCUUAUUAAACUUUUCAGUUUUGUAGAAUGUGAUUUCCACUGUCUCCAUUGAAGUCUGCUCCCCCACGUCACCCAACCUUUGUAAACAGGCAAUGGCCCUUUCUGGUGCUGUAUGCUUCAAGUUGUUUGGAAGAUGUGACACAAUUUAUAUUUUUCUUGUUACAGUUUAAUGUGUUUUGUCAGUUGGUAAGUAUUUUAUGUAGCAUAAGUUAGUGCUACACUUUGCUCAGAACUGUAUACAACCUUCACAGCCAUAAUCUAAAAUGCAGUCAACAAGCUUUUCUUUUUCUUUUUUUUUUUGUUGUUUUUGCCAUGUUUUCCUGCCUUUUGCCUCAUCAUUGCUACUGUCCCUGCUACUAUGGGUUCAUGUGUAUGCUGCUUUACCAAGCCAGAGGGAGAAAUGAACAGAAAUAAUGCUUAUGUUCAAUUUUGCAAAUAUUCUUUUCUAUAAUUUGUUUUUGUAACUUAAAAGAUAAAACAAAAAAUCUGAACUAACGAGAGAUGUGAACACUAAAGAAUUGUGAGAAAAAAAGGUGUUAUUUUGUAUGUAAAUGUUGUAAAUAGCAAGAUGAGCAGCCGGUGUGUAAGUCUGUGUUUUCCAAAUGGUUCAGAAAUAUGAGCAUUUAAUAAGAAAGAGAGAAUUGUAUGGGUUUUUAAAAAAAUACAUUUGGUAUAUCCUGUUAUAUUGCUUAAAAAUGGACAGAUUUCUUUUUUCACAACAGCAUUAGUAGUUCUUGUUCCAUUUUCAGAAAAGAAUUCCCAAGCUUAGAAAUGCAAUAUAUUUUGCAUUUGUAUACACUCACGAUAAUAGGAAUGGGAAGCAGAUUGUUGAAAAGAAAAUCUGAUAACAAGCUGCAACAAACAUGAAGACCGAGUCAAGCAGCAGACACUUGAAUGGGUAGCCAUGGGGGCUGCGUCUUCCUUAAAAUGUUGCAUGUGUAUCAUGUUCAGUUGGAAGAAGCUUGUGACCAGUGCCUAAAACUAGUUCUUGUCAUUGACAUAAUGUGCAAGUCAUAAUAUUGGAGCUGCAUUUGAACUGUUGUAUUGGCCAACGUAUGUACAUCAUCCCAGCAAGUUACACUCUCCUUCUACUGUACUGUUGGUUGUACUUUAGGUCCAUGCAUUGUUAUGCCACUUUUCAUUCUGUGAUUACUUUUAUUGUUGAAUCUUGUCAGUUUAUCAUAUUAUUAACAACUUGAAGGAGCCUCUAGUUUUGUGAAUGUGGUUCUGUACCAUUUGUAGUAAUGUCUGGCAUCUUUUGUGUGGUUGAGCAGAUUCUUUUGUGGGUGUUAGUUAAGUUUGAUAAGCUGUCUUAUCAUUGUGGGCAAUACAAUCUUUUAGCAAACACUGUACACUAUUUUCAGAAGUAUACAUUUAACACAGAUGCUCUGCCUGACUAUAAUCUCUAGUCACCGUUUAUAUCAGGCUUCUGUGGCAAAGGUUAGAUUAAAUAAAAUACAGCAAAAUGGGCUAAAUGUUGGCCAGAAUGUUAACAUUCAUGCCAACCACCACCCAUUAGAAGCGUGCAUGAGAUUACAGUUUCCCCUUCAGCUGGAGGGUAAAUUCCACUACAUGAUACUUUUAUAAUACUUUCAUUAUACUACCUUCAUGAUACUCUUUCCAUUCGCUUCUUCAUCCUUUAUACCCUUAUCCCUCUCCUGCUGACUUACUGUUACACGGUGUUACACCGUUACACAGUGACUGCUGCUUGUGACUUGCCAUCUCCAAACCAAAGCCCUGUGUGUCAGCAGGUACAAACACUGUGCCAGAGAACCUGGAAGUGCAUGCAGUUGAUGAAUGUAUUCCAAUGGUCUCUUUGAAAAAAAAACUUGAAAGAUUGUUUCUGAGUAUUAUGUUUUGGGGUUAUAUUAAUUUUGAUAUGAUGAUAGUAUUUUACAUUAAAUUUGUAUCAGAAUAUAUUUUUAUGAAUUAACUAUGUAAAGAUGAUGACUUUGUUCUCUCCCUGGUGUUUAAGGAUGCAAUGAAAUUGAAAAAAGGGAACAAACUGAUUAAAGUUUGCACUUUCUUUCAUUUUUCAUAAUUGUAAAUGUACAAUAUUUGGUGAUUUCAGUUUAAGGUUCAUGAGUAUUCAGAAUGCUAUGAAGGAUAUUGGGUGCUUGUAUGGAAAUGUGGGGAUAUCUCCCAUGGACCACAGUUGUGAAGCAAGGUGGCUUGUUGCGAUGGAGCAUCUAAUGCAGGCAUCUUGUCUCCAUAGUCACUAAGCAGUGUCCAGACCCCUUGGAUAUUGUUGCAUGCUACAUUACCCCAAGCCAUUGUUGCAAAUGCUUUAUAAAACUACUACCCUGGUGGUAAAGCAACAUCCAGAAGGUCUGGGUGCUGCUAUACAAUAAUGGAGACAACGUGCUGACCCUUGAUUUCCUUCUCUCGUCCUGUGAGAAUUUUCCCUGGUUUUAUAACUGGCCCCAGUUUAUUUCAACACCCUUCCCAUCCCACUUUCUCCAACAUGGUGAGGCUUCUUUCCCACAACCACACAACCUUCAGCUGGCUUUUCUUGAGCAAUAGAAGCACCUCAUCAGUUUGCCAUGAGUAUUUUCUCAUGGCACUCACUAUAUCCUGAAACUGCACGUUUUCUGCUGAAGGUACAUAAGGCAAAUUUUUUAGUUUCCAUUUUGAGUAAGGCUUUUUUUUUUUUGGCUUUUGUUCCAUGGACUUUUCUCUGUAGGAGAGUCAGGGGCUUAGUAAGUUCAUGGAUGACUUGCAGUUACUGCAGCUAAUUUUUGCAAACAUUACUUUUAUAAUGUUUCAUAUUUUUAUUUGUUUUAUUUUUUAACUAAAGCAACAGUUGUGGGAGUUUUGUGGUGACAGGAGAGAGUGCUAAAGUGCAAAUAAUCUGUUUCUAUUUGUAAGUAUUUUAAAAACUUAAGGGCAACUGGAGUUAGGAUUAAAACAUUUAUCAAGGCCUGUUAGCACCCAUCAGGUGCCAAAGAGAUCUACCUAAACUAGGAAAUCUUGUCACCUUGGUAUAGGAGGGAAUGCAGUGGGUUAGUUUUAUCCUAAAAAUGGAUUUUAUUUAGCACGUGGCUACCUGUGUUUCUAUCAUAUUACUUUUGGGGCAGUUUCAUGGUCUAGUUUGAAAGUUAUAUUUUAGCCUGCAUACAUUGUCUCAAAAUCAAAUUUUAGUUUCUUUAUUACUUGUGAAAUUUAUUUUGAGUCAGUAGUCUUCUGUUGUCCGUCCAUCUGUCUGUUGUACACUUGACCUUUUUCUUCAAAACUGUGAUGUUUGAAGUGGAGUUUGAGGCCUUUGGAAUAAAAGUCAGUUUAAUCUUGUCAGGAGUUAAGUAAAAUGCCAGAUCUUUUAAGACACAUAUGCAGUUAAGGAAUACGAGAUUACACAAACAGUACACUUUAAUCUUAAAAGGCCUCAUCAUUGUGGUUUGUGGUUGACAAUCAUUGUUGAUGGAUUAUUGAGCAGAAACUGGCAGGAGCCAAUAGUUGUUCUUUCAGUCAUGGAGACUAUUCCUCCCCCUAUACCUUUUACUAGGUUGUGCAGACGUUUUACCUCAAAGCUUUUCCUGUCAUACGCACUCAUUCCAUGUUUUCUUUUUCUUUUGAGAACUGUGUACCCCUAGAACUUUUAAUGAAACAUUUUCAUUUCUUCUUCUUUUAUUUCACCUCACUUCCAUUCUUCUCUUGUACUGUGUUGCACAUUGCCCAUUUUUGUGCUAAGAUCAGUUCUGAAGUAAUGUUUUGUUUCCCCUUUUAUUUUUAGUUGUGUCUGGCCAGCAGACUAAUAAGCGUAAAUUAGUGGGUGAUAAAAGGGCUACAUUUUUCUUGGGUCCUGGCUAUAAGGGUAAGAGAAAAAGAAUGUGUGUGUGAAGAUGUUUGUAUGUGUGCACAUGUGCCUUUUUGCUGUGAGUGCAUGCAUUAUUCAUUAUGUCAGCACAUGUCCAUUGUUUCCUAUGAUACAAAAUGCACACUGUGACCUCUACUUGCUGAGAAGAACAAAAAAAGUUCUUAUACUUUUCACAAAUGUAAAAGAGACUAGGUCACAGAAUAAACAGUUUAAGUAGCUCAUAAAUAAAACACCAUUAGUUUGCUGUGAGGAGCUACUUCAUUAGUUUUAUGAAUGUAAGAAUUAAAGCAGAAGAGUGUUUUUCUUGAUUGCUAAACUUUUUGUUAGGGUUAUGAACAUAUUUACGGUCAUAACCAUAAUCUGCUAAAUGGCCAGAUGUAAAACUUUUUACGUUAAAGUUCAGUCAGUGUCACGUUUGGUUUUCUUUUCUAGUGUUUUAAGUUUAUUUUUUAAAUUAAGUGCCUGAAUUUUUAAACUUUCAUCUCCCCCAGAAGAAGCUAAAACUAUCAGUCCAGACUUGUUAAAGUUUUAAAGUAGAGGGGGAAGGAUAUAAGUGGAUCUGAUGCCUUUUGGUCAUUUGAAACUAGGGGGUCGCUAUGCUAAAUCACUGAGAGAAUAAUUUAUGUGUUCAACAGAGAAAAAAGUGGUAUCACUAAAGUUUUCCAACAUUCCAUUGUGUAUACUUUUCUUUUGUAAUUGAAUCAUUUCACGUGACAACCACACUUAGGUUUCUGUUUAAUAUUUAUACAAGUAAUUGCUUAAGUGUAAAAUCAAGAAAAUUUGUGAAAUACACAUCAUGUACAGCAAUAGAUGUUUAAAAAUAUCUUUAUGCAAUUAUUAAAAACUCUUGCUAUUCCAAAAUACCUAUAAAGAUUAUAUAAUUGAACUCAACAUUUACUUUAUCUUUGGGAACAUAGGUAUGCAUGCAUGUGACUGAUAGAAGCUUAGUUACCCUUAACUGACAAGUGGCACAGAUAAUAUAUUGUUAAACCAUCUUUAAAAAAUAUUUUUAACUAUUGCUGGACAGUAUAUUUGAUCUCUGCAUUCUCAUGAUCAUAAAAUUGAAUGGUUUCAUUAAAAGUUUUUGUUUUUGCUGCAAUUAAUUACUUCAGGAUAGUUGUUGAGAAGGACACCUACCCUUUUAGUAAUUUUGUGUGAGACAUUACUGAAAUGUAACAUUUCUCUUACAGUUGCGCUGGAUUUUUUUGUAACAGAAAUAGAAUUGUCACACCUCAAAGUAUGCUGACGUGUAGAUAUUGCACAAGUUGAUUUUCCUUGGUGUAAGGUUUUAUUCACAGCUCAGUCACAUGAAUGGUUUUAGCCAAAGAUUUCUGAUCCUGUCUCAUGGCCUAAGGAAGUAGAUACCUAGUUACGCAGCUAUAAACAGUGAGUAAAACAAUUAUCACCCAGAGAGGCUGGCUAUCAUGUUGAAGCCAGCUGAAUGGAAGGGUGCUCAGUAGUAGUAGAUUUAUUUUGACCAGAUAUUUUGAUCACCUACAUUUUCCGUGUUUUUGAAGAUGCUGUGUGCUCUUUAGUUUCAAAAGGCAUCGUAAUUGUCAAAGUGGGAAAACAAUGCUUAAGGGAGUCGAGGUCUGGACCAAUCAUUUUGUGUCAUCUAGAGAUACAGUCAUCAGUGACCAAGCUUAAUGCACAAAAUCAUCACUUUACACUUUGAAAAAUUUGUAAUGAACUGUAGUGAAAGUGAACAGAUUUUGAAAACAUAUCAUUUACACAAGAAACAGAAGUAUAGCAUGACUGUAAGAACCCUGAUGUGAGAAGGGUUCAGAAACUGGAAAUGCUUGUGCUUGGAUAAGUUGAAACCUCAAGGUAUUUCAUUUAGUACCAGAGAUCAAAAGCAGAAAUUCCAUGCAUUUCUAUGAGGGUUUUCCAGGUGUCAUUAAGACCAGCAAUUUCUGUCUCUGGUGCCGGUGUUGUCACUGGCACAGAGCUUUGGGUAAGAGUAGUAGAGUAGACCAUCUGUGGUACUAUGGCCAGAGUAGUACCCUGGCAAAGUUUAGAGGAUGAACUAAUGGACUACUGUGGUACAUGAGUGCAAGUAGGUGUGAUGUAGAAUGCAGCAUGGGGGAGGGGGGUUGCUAUCAGUAGUUUGUAAAAUGUGUUUGUUCAUUUUUCUGCCACCUUUGCAUUAAGAUGUUCUCAUAUAUAGACCCCUGAGGCCCAUGAAAUUUGUCACAUCAGUUUAUUGGUAAUUUUUAUAGCAUGUUUGGUGUUAGAUGAAAAGGGACAUGUCUUUACAAUGCUGUGAUAAUAAUAUUUCGCACGUGUGUGUGUGUGAAUGAGAGAAACAUGUGGGUCAGUUGCAAGCUAACUUAGGAAUAUUUGUGAACACUUUGGCACAUGGUGUUGGUAACUCUGUUGAACUACUAUAAAUUAUUUACAGCUUUAGUUCUAUUUUUUUGUUUAACGCAAAUGUGUGUGUAUUUUUUUUUUUAAAGAAUAUGAGUGCAUGUGUGUGGCUAUAAAGGUGAAAUAAGACUGUAAAUAUGUAUAAAACUUUUGUGGCAACUGGCUUAUUUAAAAAUAUAAAAGUAAUUUUUGUGAUUGAUGAAAUGAUUGCACUGAUUUAUCAACCCUUAAGUCAUUCUUGACUUAAAGAUUUUUAGUUCAUCUAAGACACUGGAGCAUAAUGUUUUCUUGAAGGUGAACAAAACUAUUAUUGCUGUUUGAUGUAUAAAAUUUAUGAAAAAUAGAAUAUUUUCUAUGGAAUAAUUAUUUUGAACAGUUUGUAUAGUUGAUCUCUGCAUUCUCAUGAUCAUAAAAUUGAAACAGAAUUCGCUUUAUGCACCUAUUUUGAUGGCAUCCUUAAGGCUUAGGCAUUGGUUUAAUAGAUUCUUUAAUGUCUCUGAUGUGUCGGAUAAAGUUAAAAAAAUUGUGGAUUUUUAUUACCUCUGGGUCUUUUUAUGCUCUUCUUUUCUUGACAUCUGUCCAUGACUGUUGUUUCUUAUACAGACAUUAAAAUAUUAUCUUUUCACA